AUGGUUGACCGAAUGCCUGUGGGUAAGUGCUUCGACGUGCUCAAAGAGAAAAGGAUAAACCAGGAAGGGUGGCAGUGCAAGAAAACCAUCCAUGCACCUCUCGAGGAUGUCGUCAAAGUGUGUGAAGUUGGAGAGAUGCAGAAGGACGAAAUGAAAAAAAGCAGAGAAAAGUUCAACAUGACAGUGUGUAGCGCGACCAAGCAGGGAAACUUUCCCAAUUGUACAUAUGAGGGCAAGAUCAUAGAGGCUAAGAUCCUCAUCAAAUGUUUACAAGGGAUGCUCCCGGUGCAUUUCCAUGACUCACCCAACAAUGGUCAUUCAGAAGUAUUGUUCUGGUCCGAAAAGUGA